AUGUUGCUGAACUCGUUCCUCGGACUAUCUGUCCUGGCAGUGCUGGGUGCUGCUGUCCCGAGCCCGAGAGCUGUAUUGCCUCCUACAGCGGAUGUCCUGAACGGCACAUACGUUGGCGUGAGAAACAACAACUACAACCAAGACUUCUUCCUCGGAAUUCCCUUCGCGCAGCAGCCGGUCGGGAAUCUGCGGUUUGCAUUACCGACGCCCCUGAAUGAGACUUGGGAUGAGGAGCGGGAUGCGAAGGCGUAUUCGGAUAUUUGUGUUGGAUAUGGAAGUGAUUCCAUUUGGUAUCCGCAGUCGGAAGCAUGUCUGACGUUGAACAUUAUCCGCGACUCUUCCGUUGAUGAGGAAUCUGCGCUACCUGUGGGAGUCUGGAUCCACGGUGGUGGGUUCUAUAUGGGCUCUGGCGCGGACGAGCGAUACAACAUGUCUGCGAUCGUCGCAAACUCGCAUAGAAUUGGCAAACCGUUCAUCGGCGUGACAAUAAACUACCGCCUCUCAACCUGGGGGUUCCUUGCCUCGAAGGAAGUAACAGACAGUGGAAUUACAAACCUGGGUCUCCGAGACCAACGGCUGGCCCUACACUGGAUAAGGGAGAAUAUUGCUGCGUUCGGAGGUGAUCCAGACAAAGUGACCAUAUUUGGCGAGUCUGCCGGUGGGAUGUCCGUUGGUUCGCAUCUUAUUGCAUACGGGGGUCGCGAUGACGGACUGUUCCGCGGCGCCAUCAUGCAGUCUGGUGGCUCAGUCACAGCAAACCCUGGAAAUAACACAGCUAAUCAAGGGAUGUAUGAUGAUAUUGUGCGUAAGGUUGGAUGUACCGGGGAGCAGGAUACAUUGCAAUGUCUCCGGGAGGUACCAUUCGAGGACCUGAAUGCUGUGUUCAACGGGACUGGUGGCAACCCAGCGUAUUCCUUCUGGCCUUCAAUAGAUGGAGACCUGCUCCAGGACCGGGGAAGCGACCAGCUUGACAAGCAGGAGUUUGUCAAGGUUCCCAUCCUCGCUGGAACCAACACAGACGAAGGCGCCUCGUUUGGACCUAGAGGGAUCAACACCACCGAGCAGUUCUACUCAUACCUCACGAGUGGCCAAUCCGGUUUCAAGUACCCGCCUGCGAUCGCGAAGGAAAUCCUAAGGCUCUACCCGGAUGACCCAUCGCAGGGUAUUCCUGAAUUCCUGGGAUCGCAACGAGUUCCAUCAAUGGGAUACCAAUGGCGCCGCACUUGCGCUUACUCAGGAGACUACUCCAUGCAUGCGAACCGCCGACGGCAGUGCGAAGCGUGGGCUGAAUCUGGUACUCCCGCAUACUGCUAUCGGUUUAACACGCGCAGUGCGGAAAUGCCUUACAUUGGUGGAGUUGGGCAUUUCACUGAGGUUGCGUUCGUGUUUAAUAAUAUCGCCGGCCUGGGGUAUCACUAUGGAAAGCCUUUUGAUGGAACCCCCAAGUCGUACGAGAACUUGAGUGUUUUGAUGGCUAGUAUGUGGGCAUCGUUUAUUCACGAUUUGGAUCCGAACUCGGGGAUUGACGAGAGCGAGAGGGUAUACUGGGAAGGUUAUAGUGUGAAAAAGCCGGUUGAUUUGGUCUUCGAUGCGAAUACAACGAGCCAUAUCGAGCCGGACACUUGGAGGAAGGAUGGAAUUGAUUAUAUCAACUCUGUCGCAAAGGCGCUGUGGAGAUAG